AUGAGUAGCAUCCGAGAGAAAAACCAAACGAUCAUAACGCAUUUCGUCCUGCUGGGGUUUAGCGAUCUCCAGGAUCUGCAGAUAUUCAUCUUCCUGAUCUUUCUGUCCAUCUACCUUGUGACCAUGGCUGGGAAUAUCCUCAUUGUUGUUCUAGUCAUUUCUGACCAGCACCUUCACACACCCAUGUACUUCUUUGUGGGUAACCUAUCCUGCUUAGAGACCUGCUACAGCUCAACCAUUCUGCCAAGAAUGCUAGCCAGCCUUCUAUCCCAGGACAGAACCAUUUCUGCAAAAGGAUGCAUGCUGCAGUUCUGGCUCUUUGCAUUUCUAGCAGCAACAGAAUGUUAUCUCCUGGCGGUGAUGUCUUAUGAUCGCUAUCUUGCGGUUUGCAAACCGCUGCACUAUACAGCCCUUAUGGACAACCGUCUCUGUGUCCAGUUAGUGAUCGUAUCUUGGCUAAGUGGCUUGUUAGUAGUCACCACAAUUACACUAACAAUGGCACAGUUCAGUUUUUGUGCUCCGUACGAAAUAGACCAUUUCUUUUGUGAUUUCAUGCCAUUGAUACAACACCUCUGCAGCGGUGCCCAUUUUCUUCUGUUGUCCAGUUUCAUCACUACCUCUGUGUUUACCUUUCCGCCAUUUCUGCUGACCAUUGCUUCAUACAUUUACAUCAUCACUGCAAUUCUGAGAAUCCCAUCUGCCACAGGGAGGAAGAAAGCCUUUUCCACCUGUUCCUCCCACCUCUCUGUAGUCACUAUCUUUUACGGGGCAUUAAUAGUAGUGUACAUGUUCCCAAAUACAGACACACUGAGCCGAAUGAACAAAGUCUUCUCUCUCUUCUACACGGUCUUUACACCUCUGAUCAAUCCUCUGAUAUACAGCUUGAGGAACAAGGAGGUGAGCAAGUCUCUGAAAAGAGCCAUCGACAAAUGCGUGCCAACACAAAAGCUCACAAUAAUUUCUCAUUAA